UUUUUUAUUUAUAUAUUAUUACUUAUUAGCGGAAAAUAUUAAUAUAACUAAUGUCUGCUGUUAAAUAAGUUAAUUAACAGAAAUAGGUGUGUUGUAAAAUAUACCGAACCUAUAAAUCACAUUUUUUAGUAUAAAGAUAGAGAAGCUGAUCCAAACCUGGAAACUGUUAAAAAAAACAAAGCAAGACAAACUUUAUCAGAGAUUGAAAAAAGGAUUAGGUUUUUAACUCAGAUGAAAAGUAUCUUUUGGAUUGCACCUGAGCUUGAUACUCUGGUUGCAAUUAUUAAAGCUGAUAGGAAACGAAAGGAUCAAGACAAGACUGAAGAUAUUGCAUUUUUAUUAGACCAAUUAGGAGAUAGAAAAACUAGAAUAGGUGGAAUCGAUACAAGGUACCUUUACUCUGUAAACAGGAGUUUAUCCAAAAUUAAAAGGAAAUCAAAUUUGCAUGAAACCAUGUCAGAGAGUGAAUUCAGCUCAAAUGGAUCGGAGAAAGAUGAAGGUAAUGAUGAUUUUUCAUACCCAGAUCCAGAGUUAAAGAAAAAAGUCAAAAAAACUAAUACUGUUAUGCUUCCAAAAGAUAUUCUCAAGAGAACUGCUGAUACUGCUGUUGGGGAAGGAAUAAGUCAUAGGCAGCAUGCUUCCAUGAUUAAUAGUAUAAUCGCGAAAUCGGGUGGAAAUGUAGUUGAAUUUAAAUCUUCAACCUCUACAGCAUUACGCGCUGCAGAUAAGGUCAUUCAUGAUGAAUCAAAGAGGAUCAAGGAUGAUUUAAGAAGUUUAAGAAAAAUCAAUAAGAACAUUUUAGUUCAACUCCAUUUUGAUGGAAAAGUAUGUCAUGAAUAUACUGAUGGGAAAAAAUUGGAACAAGAUCGAUUAGCAAUAUUAAUAAACGCUAACAAAGAAACGCACCUGUUGGGAAUUCCACCCAUUUCUUCUGGAACUGGCAAAAAUCAAAAAAAUGCAAUCAGAGAUAUCUUAAAUAGCUUUAACCUUACAGACAAUAUACAAGCUGUAACAUUUGAUACUAGCAGAAUCAACGCUGGAAAAAAAAAUGGAGCUGUUUCUUUACUGGUAAAUGAAGUCUUUCAACGACCAGUUCUAUCUAUUGCAUGCCGACAUCAUGUCAAUGAGCUACACAUAACACAUUUCUGGAAAAAUUAUCAAAGUAGCAUUACUUCUGGACCAGAUAAUCUGCUUUUUAAAACUUUAAAAUCAGCAUGGAGUGAUCUUGACGCAGACAACCAGGUUUUGAGAAGAUUGACUAUUCCAGAGGAAACAUGGCUUGGUCAUCAAAAGCAUGAAAGCAUAACGUUCUGCAGAAAUAUUAUCGCCAGUGGGUCUCUAAAAAAGGAUGGGGCUACAAGGAAGGACUACAUUGAGCUGGCAGAGCUUACACUUAUGGUGCUUUCUGAAGACAGGUAUAAAUUUCGUACUCCCGGAGCAGUCCACCAUGCCCGUUUUAUGGCAAAAGGUAAGGAAUUGUAGGUUCAUGAUAAAAAAAGGUUCAAGUUGCAAAAAAAAGGAAUUUGUUUUACAU